AUGGAGCUCUCGCUCCUCAACCCCGCCACGACGCACCGCCACCGCCGCGGGGGCCACGCCACCGUCAUGCCCCUCGUGGGGCGCUCCGUGGUCCGAUGCCGCAUGUCCGCCACCACCGCGACCGUUGCGCCGCUCAAGUCCUCGGGCCCCAAGAAACGGGACAAGACGGAGAUCCAGGAGACGAUGCUCACGCCCAGGUUCUACACCACUGACUUCGACGAGAUGGAGCGCCUCUUCAAUGCCGAGAUCAACAAGCAGCUCAACAAGGCGGAGUUCGACGCGCUGCUGCAGUAG